UUGAGUAAAUGUACUUCCCACUAUUGGUUGUAUAAGAGAUUCACACUGGGACCAAACAGUGACUGGUGACUAUCGGAUUAAAACACAACUACUUUAUUUACAUCUCUUGAGGGAUGCCAGAGAAACUAAACACUCCAUGACAUUUACCUUUUAUAUUUGCUUCUGAAUAAAGAUUCAGUUGGGAAAGAAAAGCCACAGUGUGAAUAUAGAGUACACCAAGUCAAAUAUAUUUGCAUGGGUUCCAGCCGCAAUGGAAAUGUGCCACGGUAUGCCAUUCAAAGCAGUUACGCUAAGGGUCAGGACUGACUGUAUGCAGGCUGAGUGUGUUUAAUGGAUCAGAAAGAAUGAAAGAAUAAGUUAGUGACAGUGGCAGGAGGCGAAAACAAGAGUCCUGCGAUGGCUUCGAGUCUGAUUCCUGGAUGUCUUGUAAUGAGUGAUCUCUUGACUAUCCGUGAAAAAGGUGUCCUCUUCACUCUGCUCGAACCUCAUUGUAAGCUGAUCAAAACUACAGUAGCACAACUGCUUGUCGCCAAAGAGACCCACAGUGGGAGUCCGGGUUGGAGUUGUUUGGGUUGUGGCGCAAUUUGUCUCAUUGAGGAUGAAUUAAUUCAGUCCUACUUCCUGCAGCUGUACUGUGUCAAGCGUGCAAAGUUACUGUGGAAGCAAGAGCUGUACAUCCCGUUCAAGUACACUGCAACUCGCCCGUUCUUCCACACUUUCCCUGCAGAUGACCACCAGGUAGGCCUCAACUUUGCAGAUCAGACUGAGGCAGAGGAAUUUCAUCUUUCAGUGAUGGCUGUCCAAAGAAUCCAAGAAAAGACAAUUGGCAAGGCUGAAAUUACAAAUGCUGAAAGAGAGGACAGCUCAACGAGUGAUCCACCUGAUUCAGGAAUUAAUCCAACAGACAAUCCCUACGAGGAGCAACAUUUAUCCAUGGGAGCACCAUCGCCAACCACCAGUUUAUUUAAAGAUCUGGACCCCACGAUGAGGAGGCUGUUGAUGCAGGCGAAAAUCACAGAGGAAGACCUGAAGAACAAAGACGUUUCUGAAGCUGUCGACUGUAUCAUCGACAGGUUAGGGCUAAAGACUGUGCAGAAAGAGCUAAGGAGCAGAGGCUCCGUGUCCCAGACACUGCCGAGAACUACAGGGGCGUCGAUUUCUCUUGUUCUGAAGAAAGGGCCUUUACCUCCAGUUCCCUCCGUUAAAGUCCACGCCACCACAGACACAUACACAGCUGACAAGACACCAGACGUCCUUUGUAUUCCUCCUCCUCCAACAACUCCUGCUCCAGUUGUCCCAGAUGGGAUCAGAAGAAGUGCAAGUUUCAAUUAUGUGGGCUCCCCAAAAGGUGAUCUUACCCUGACUGCGCUGGAAGAAGUAUUCAGAAAAAAGCAGCUGCAGAUGAGAGCCAACAGGGACAGUGACAUGCAGUGAUGUGCGUGUAAACAAACUUUGGUUUUAUCUGUGCUGUUUGAUACCUUCAUUAAAAAAUAUA